AUCACUAGUAAAGCGACAUUAUUAUGAGACUCAUAAGACAAAUGGUGGUCGAGUGCGGCCAACCCUAUCAAACCACUCGCGCACUAGUAGUGAACGCCCAUUUGGUAAUACCAGGACUGGUAAUACACGACAUACCAGUCCCAGAGAUUAUAGAUCCCAUUCCCCCGCCAGUAGUAGUCAUACGUAUACAUGGCCUACCCGUGCCCUACAAUUGCCGUUAUCCCGGAUGCGGUCAAUCGUUUACUAGUCAAGAGCUCGUGCAGCGACACCAUCGCCAGAGUCACAGGAGUCCGGUGCGGACAACCAUUUCUAACCACUCGCGCUCUAGUAGUGAACGUUCGUUCAGUACUAAUGCGUCGACUACCCGGCCAACUGCCCGAUCGCCGGAGUUAUUCAAAUGUACCGAUUGCGGCAAAAUUGUGGGCACACAGGAGGCGCUCCGGGGUCACUAUUUAGCCAAUCAUAUAAACAGUUUCACAUCCCGUUUGAACAAUUUAUGGCAACAAUAAGCCAUUCAAUGACUGAAAAUAUAUUUAUAAUAUUAUCGAUUUUAUGA